AUGGCAAACUCACAUUACCCAUCUCUUCAUUCUAUAGUAUCCUCUUUUAUUCCUCAAAUAAAGCUUCAUUUCCAUCAUCCUUUCUUUCUUCUUUUGUAUCUUUUUAUAUAUUCAUUUUUUCUCUUUUUUUCUUCAUUUUUCUUCAUUAUCAUUCAUUUAAUUCUUCCUUUUGUUUCUUCAUAUUCUUUGCUUUUUACUUCUUUUCUUUUACUCCUUUCUUUGCACCAUUCUUUCUUCAAUUUCUUUUACUUUUACUUCCCUUCUUUAUUAUUUUAUUUUCUAGUUUCUUCUUCUUUUACUUCAUCUCCCCUCCUCCUUCUCUCUUCUUUCUUCUUUUUCUUCUUUUACUUUUUCUUUUUCAAUCAUCAUCAACAUUAUGAUGAUGAUCAUCAUCUACUUUUUUGCAUUUUCUUAUUCCUUUACUUUAUUUUUUCUUCUUCUUUUUCUUUAAUUUAUUCUUUAUUUUCUUCUUCCUUUAUUUCCUCUCUUCUUCUUUUACUUUAUCUCUUGUUUUUCUUCUGUUCUUCUAUCUCGUCAUCAUUUUUUCUUCUUUUUCUUCUUGAAGACAAAACUUAG